CCCCGACGGCCCGCUUUCCUCGGUCCCACAAACCUCGCGACUUUGCGCCUGCCUGCCCGCCUCCUCCGCUCCCUCCCCUCGCUGAGCCCCUUCCAGGCCCUCUGUCCGUCCGCUGGGGGCGCGCGUAGAGCGAGCCGGGCUCCCGCGGCUCCGGCGGCGGGGCGCGUGGUUGUGCGUGGUUGCUAGGGGCGCCUGCGGCCGCCGGCUCGCCCAGCAGGCCGGGGCAGGAAGCGCGGGCAGCCGGCGCCGAGCCGGGUUGAAGCCGGGCCCGCCAGGCUGAGGGAUCUGAGGAUGCAUCUGCUACUGUUGAACGUGUGUGGCAUCGCCCCUGAGCUGGGCCACCAGGCCACGAGGCUGUGACGCGGCCCCUCAUGGCCUCAGCUGGAACCGAGCACUACAGUAUUGGCCUCCACCGGGGAAGCGACUUCCAGCCGAGCGGUCCCUCGGGCACAGUGCCUGCCCCCUGGCCUGAGAAGCCCUCUGAGGGCAAAGCCUGGCCUCAGGCCCACCAGCAGGUGAAGCCAAUCUGGAAGCUGGAGAAGAAGCACGUGGGGACGCUGACAGCCGGGCUGGGUCCAAGCUUCGUGGGUGCAGCGCCCCCGCCAGCAUAUCUCCUCUGCCCACGAACUUCCUGUAGCGCCGGGGCCACGGUGGUCCUCACAGGCCAGGGCGGCUCCUGCUACGUGCAAGCUCUCCCGGACGUGUUCAGCAGCACCCCGCUGGCUCGCCGCGCCCACCAUCGCCACAAACCCUACCAGCAGCUCGAGUCUUUCUGCCUGCGUUCCAGCCAGACUGAAAAGAGACCUUUCUCUCAGCCUCAGAAAAUCCUCCCUGUCAGUCUCACUGCCAACAAGGCCCCUCCUGCCACUGCCGCUGCCCCCAUGGCUCAACCCAUGGCCUCCUCGCCCACAGAUCCAUACCUCUCACUGGGAGCAGCUGGGGAGAACCCUUCAGGGAAGACCCUGGUCUCUGCCAUCUCAGGGAAGAUCCCGCCUCCACUGUCUGCCCCUUCCUCCUCCUACAAGCCUGUGCUGAACAACAACUCCUUCAUGCGGCCAAGUAGCACUAAAGUGCCUUUGCCUCAGGCCGAGGGCCUGAAGCCAGUGUCCUCACCCAAGAUCCAGCUGGUCUCCUGGCACCACUCGGGGGGCACUGGAGACUGUGCCCUCCAACCUAUGGAACACAAGCUUCCCCAAAGCAACGGCACCAUCCUCGAUGACACCCCAGCCCCUGCCGGCCUGAUUGAGGCCCCCAGCUCCUCAGACAUGUCCCCCACCAGUGUGGCCUCUCCCCACUUCAGCCAGAUCAACUUAGCCAUGAGGGCAGAGCCCCGUUCCUGUGGUUUGGAUGGUGACUCUGCUCCCCAGGCUCUGACUAAGGAUGUCCGGUUCACGGAGGCCGUCAGGAGGUUGACUGAGAGGGGCUUCGAGAAGCCGAGGUCAGGCUACAAAGUGGAACAGGCUUGUUUCAUGAGUCCCAGCAUGCAGUGGAAUUCUCUUAACAGGAGCAGGCGGUGGAAAUCUCCUGUGGUAAGCCAGCAGGAGCCCGGAUCCCGGGAGCUCUUGGAGCUGGACAGUACAGUCUUCUGUACCAAGCGAAUCAGCAUUCACCUCCUUGCCUCACAUGCCAGUGGGCUCGGUCACAGCCCUGCCCGGGAAUCUGUGGUUAGCUCCCUGCCACGUGGAGAAGACAGAGCUCCCCAUCUGCCUUCUUCUUCUCAGCCCUUCACCGAUGUGACCACCCGCCUCUCUUCCCUCCAUCUGAGCCAGCUGGGGAAGGAAGGGUCCAAGGAAGCCAGGAAACUGGACUCACAUGCUAGAGGAACUGGUUCAGCUGCUGACCUCCAGCUCAACCAGGUAGAUGCCGCAGAUGUAGAAGACGAGCUCUUGGAUGGCUUGGAAGACUCCUGCAGCCAUGAUGAGGACGAUGGAGACUCGGAGUGCUCCUCAUUCAAUGGCAUCUCCCCAAGCGAGUCAGUAGUGGAGAUCUCUCGGACCUGUAUGGAGAUUCUCACCAAACCCCUGCUUCCCAGUGAGAAAGUUGUCCGGCCAGCUCUCAUUUACAGUCUCUUCCCCAACGUGCCCCCUACCAUCUAUUUUGGCACUCGGGAUGAGAGAGUGGAGAAACUCCCCUGGGAGCAGAGGAAGCUGCUCCGGUGGAAGAUGAGCACAGUGACCCCCAACAUUGUCAAGCAGACCAUUGGACGGUCCCACUUCAAAAUCAGCAAGAGAAAUGAUGACUGGCUGGGCUGCUGGGGUCACCACAUGAAGUCUCCUAGUUUCCGAUCCAUCCGGGAGCACCAGAAGCUAAACCACUUUCCAGGGUCAUUCCAGAUUGGGCGGAAGGACCGUCUAUGGCGGAACCUGUCCCGCAUGCAGAGCCGCUUUGGCAAGAAGGAGUUCAGCUUCUUCCCCCAGUCCUUUAUCUUGCCCCAGGAUGCCAAGCUCUUGCGGAAAGCCUGGGAGACCAGCAGUCGCCAAAAGUGGAUUGUGAAACCACCAGCGUCGGCACGAGGCAUCGGCAUCCAGGUCAUUCACAAGUGGAGCCAGCUCCCCAAGCGGAGGCCCCUUCUGGUACAGAGGUAUCUACACAAGCCCUACCUCAUCAGCGGCAGCAAGUUCGAUCUGCGAAUCUAUGUUUAUGUCACCUCCUACGAUCCGCUCCGGAUUUACCUCUUUUCGGAUGGACUUGUCCGCUUUGCCAGUUGCAAGUAUUCCCCUUCCAUGAAGAGCCUUGGCAACAAGUUUAUGCACCUGACCAACUACAGUGUCAAUAAAAAGAAUGUCGAGUAUCAGGCCAACGAGGAUGAAACUGCCUGCCAGGGCCACAAAUGGGCAUUGAAGGCCUUAUGGAACUACCUGAGCCAGAAGGGAAUCAACAGUGAUGCCAUUUGGGAGAAGAUAAAGGAUGUUGUUGUCAAGACCAUCAUUUCGUCAGAGCCCUAUGUGACCAGCCUGCUGAAGAUGUAUGUGCGGCGACCCUACAGCUGCCACGAACUCUUUGGCUUUGACAUCAUGCUGGAUGAGAAUCUCAAGCCCUGGGUCCUGGAAGUCAACAUUUCCCCAAGCCUUCACUCUAACUCUCCACUGGAUAUCAGCAUCAAAGGCCAGAUGAUCCGGGACCUUCUGAACUUGGCAGGCUUUGUUCUGCCCAGCACAGAGGACAUAGUUUCCAGUAGCUCCAGCUCCAGCUCUACCUCCAGCUCCAGCUCCAGCUCCAGCUCUAGCAGCUCCACUACCAGCCCAUCCAGUUCCCCCAAAGACAAGUGCCGCAUGGCCUCAGAGCACGUCACUGCACAGAGGAUGAAGAAAGCCUACUAUUUGACCCAGAAAAUUCCUGAUCAGGACUUCUAUGCUUCUGUGCUGGAUGUCCUGACACCAGAUGAUGUUCGGAUUCUGGUUGAGAUGGAGGAUGAGUUUUCUCGCCGCGGUCAAUUUGAACGGAUCUUUCCUUCUCGGAUCUCCUCUCGCUAUCUUCGUUUUUUUGAGCAGCCUCGAUAUUUCAACAUUCUCACCACCCAGUGGGAACAGAAGUACCAUGGCAACAAGCUCAAAGGAGUAGAUCUGCUUCGGAGUUGGUGCUACAAAGGGUUCCACACAGGAGCCAUCUCUGACUCUGCUCCAUUGUGGUCUCUCCCCACAUCACUGCUGCCCCCCCCAAAGAAUGACGUGAUGCUCAGUGAUUUCUCCAAAACAGAGACCGGCAAGCUGGGAAAAUAUUCAGGGAGUGAUGGGACCACACCCCAGCCAAAGAAGACUCACACUCUCCCUAGACCAUGCACUUCCUCCAAAGACACCAGCGAGGAGCCCAGCCACGCCUCCCAGACGUUAUCUGUGAUCAAGUUCUCUGGCCGGACUACGAGACUCGAUGUGUGUCCCACCUCCCAGUCACCCGGUGACUGUCUCUUGGCUGCUGUGAGCCCGUGACUGGCCUCUCCACUUGCCCCUGCCCAGGAGCACCAGUGUUAGCUACCUCAUGGGGGCCGGCCGGCCGGCCAGCCAGCCUGAGUCCUCACCCCCUCCACUUCGCCCCUCAGAGUAUUUUUUUGAAGUGGUUGAAUCGCCGAGUCAGGGGUCUGGAGGACUGGAAGGGUGGUGGGGACAGGGAGAAGGAAGGUGAGAAGGGCCACACCCUCUCACCUGUCUACAUGGUUAACACCUCACCUCUCAGCUGAGAAGCCAGUGAUGGCCACUCAGCCUUAUAAAGCAGGGUUUGGUUUCUA